AUGACGGCAGAUGAGAUCCGAAGACAUCAAGCUGCGCAAUGGUCUGAUAGAGGAGCUCCGGAGGUCGUCAGACUGCCAGUCCUACGAGAACAAGACUUUGGCUCUUACGAGCUCGUACCGUGGGCCUCAAAGCGAGCUCAAAAUGCUCUCGAUCCUCGCGUGCCAAACCCACAAGAUCCCGAUUUCCGUCCUCAAGAAACUUCGGAUGCUAUGCGGCUCAGAGCAGAAACGUUUAUUGCAGAUUUUAUUCUUCCUCUCGCUACAUCUCUCUGGGCAACAGAACAGGACUUCACCAACGAAUGUGUCGCGGUAGUGUCUCAUGGUCUAUUCUUGUCCGCGCUGUGGAAUGCCCUACUUGCAAAGUUCAACACAGGCAGCGUCGCGCUUGGCGCCAACGUUGAGGUUCUCAGCUACGGUAAACCACUCGAAUAUCUGCCCUCCUGGAACAACACGGCAUUUCUCGAACUGACCAUUCGGCGAGCGCCCGGUGAUACACAGACUGACGAUGCAGAUCAAGCGCAGUCAACGCAGGCUCAACACUCCUACUCGAUGCCAUUCUACGAUUGCUCCAUGACUGUCCAUGCCGUCAACGGCAGAGAUCAUCUUUUUGAUCUGAAGCGUGCAAGAGGUGGUAUUGGUUCGGCGGCAUAUGAUACGAAACAGAAAAGUCUGGACGGCUUCUUCAAACGUCCCAGAGAUGACUCUGCUUCCGGAGCAGCAGGCUGA